AUGGAAGCUUUUCUACAUGCUAAUAAUAAUCUCAAUAUUCUUCCAUCGAAAAUACGUGAAUAUGUUGAAGAAAAAAUCAAAUUAUGUCAACCAUCAAAUUUUCAUGUUUGUGAUGGAAGUGAUGAAGAAAAUCAACAAUUACUUGAUGCUAUGGAAGUAUCGGGUGUUAUCCGACGUCUUAAAAAAUAUAAAAAUUGUUAUAUUGCUACAACAGAUCCACGUGAUGUAGCUCGUGUUGAAUCUCGCACAGUUAUUUGUACAAAAAAUAUGAAUGAUAUUAUUUCAAUACCAAAAUCUGGUUUCUCAACAAUAACAGAUCCAAAUGUACCAAAAAAUCUCAAAACAACACCAUUAGGUAAUUGGAUGGAUACUGAUGAAAUGUUAGAAAUUCUUCAAGAACGUUUUAACGGUUGUAUGCGUGGUCGAACAAUGUAUAUUAUUCCAUAUAUGAUGGGACCAUAUUCAAGUCCAUAUUCAAAAAUUGCUAUAGAAUUAACUGAUUCACCAUAUGUUGUUGUAUCAAUGCGUAUAAUGACACGUAUGAAUUCAAAUGUAUUUAAAGAAAUUAAAACAUCUGAUGGUUCAGAUAUUAUUAAAUGUCUUCAUUCUGUUGGUGUACCAUUACCAACAGAUAAACAAAUAUGUCCAACAUGGCCAUGUAAUCCUGAACAAACAUUAAUUACACAUUUUCCUGAACGAAAUGAAAUCAUUAGUUUUGGUAGUGGUUAUGGUGGAAAUUCUUUAUGUGGAAAAAAAUGUUUAGCUUUACGUAUUGGAAGUUCAUUAGCAAAACGAGAAGGUUGGUUAGCUGAACAUAUGCUUAUUAUGGGUGUAACAAAUCCUGAGGGUAUUAAGAAAUAUUUUGUUGCUGCUUUUCCCAGUGCUUGUGGUAAAACUAAUUUAGCUAUGCUUCGUCCAAUGGGAAUUCCUGGAUAUAAAGUUGAAUGUAUUGGUGAUGAUAUUGCAUGGAUGCAUUUUGAUGACGAAGGUCGUUUACGAGCUAUAAAUCCUGAAUUUGGAUUUUUUGGUGUUGCACCUGGUACAAGUAAAUUAACAAAUCCAAUUGCAUUAGAUAUGGUUCAUGAAAAUACAAUAUUUACAAAUGUUGCUGAAACAAGCGAUGGUGAUGUUUAUUGGGAAGGUAUCGAUAAUGAAACAGAUGGUCUUCAUGAAACAAUAGUACGUUCAUGGAAAAAUAAAAGAUGGUCAGUUGAUUUAGGUGAACCAGCUGCCCAUCCUAAUAGUCGUUUUUGUACAUCUAUUAAACAAUGUUCAAUACUCGAUCCGGAAUGGAAUAAUCCACAAGGUGUACCUAUUGAAGCAAUUAUAUUUGGUGGACGACGACCUAGAGGUGUACCAUUAGUUUAUGAAGCAUUUAAUUGGCAACAUGGUGUUUUUAUUGGUUCAAGUAUGCGAUCGGAAGCUACAGCUGCUGCAGAAUUUAAAGGUAAACAAAUCAUGCAUGAUCCAUUUGCUAUGCGACCAUUUUUUGGUUAUAAUUUUGGUCAUUAUUUAUCACAUUGGUUAUCAUUUGGUAAAAAAUCGAAUGUUCAUUUACCGAAAAUUUAUCAUGUGAAUUGGUUUCUUAAAAAUGUACAAACAAAUGAAUUUCUUUGGCCAGGUUUUGGUGAAAAUAUUCGUGUUAUUGAUUGGAUAUUUCGUCGUCUAACUCAACAAGCUUCAGCAUGUAAGACACCAAUUGGUUUCAUACCUAAUCAAAAGGAUUCAAAUGGUAUCCGUGGUAACGAAAUAAAUCCAAUGUUAUUAGAAAUUUCAAGCGAAUUUUGGAUGAAUGAAUGUAAAGAUAUACGAAAAUAUUUUGAAGAAAAUGUUAAUGUAAAUUUACCUAAGGAAAUAUGGUCUGAAUUAAAUAAUCUUGAAAAACGUUUAUCACAUAUGUGA